AGCUGGGACUGGUACCAGCUCCUCGCUGCUGGCUCCCACUGGAGGCUGGAUAGACAGGGUUACCGGGAUCGCCAAACUCCGUCACCAGAAGCAACAGUGUACUCAGGACCCGGACGAUUAACUAUCUAUUCAGCAUUAACAAAUGAAGUGGCAGCUUAAUGAAAGUCAUACUUUCUCUAGCUGAAUUAUUUUAUUUUCCGCUCUGCUUACGGAUAAUGGGAUUUUAACCAUGCGGCAGAAGGAGACUUUGUGGGCUCGACAUUACUGGCCUACCAUACAGCACAUGCUAGAUGUUCAUCCACAGUCUAUGAAGAGAAUAAAUGCCAUGACUCAUGACUCAGCAAGCGCCUUCCCUGAACAUGACCAAGCUGUCACUAAGCUGCUACUUCAAAACAAUGUCAAACCUUCUAGAAAAAACAUACUUUUCUCAUAGUUCUUCCCCAUUAUCAUCUUUGUGACUGAGGCUGCAUGUCAGAAACCAGCAGUAAAUUAUAUAUUUAACACUGAAACUUCAGUAUUCAUUUUAAUCAGUUUGACAACAAGUUGUUUGCAGGAAGUCUGAACAUACACUACACUUGUAUUUUAUUUUCUACUCUGAGACAUAUAAGCUUAUAUUUAUUUAAAUCUGGCCAUCUUACUGAACGCCAUUCAGGUAAAUCAGCCCCCAUGACGUACCCACUCUGUGGGAUCUCCUGUCUGAUUGCGUUGAUUGCGUUUGAUCUGUGUUCUCAGAUAGCUGACCAGCUGCCCUGCAUUUCGCUGAUGAAGUCGCUGUCUUCCGCCUGAAGAUGGAAACGUUGGAGUCAGAGCUGACCUGCCCAAUCUGCCUGGAGCUCUUUGAGGACCCUCUGCUGCUGCCCUGCGCUCACAGCCUGUGUUUCAGCUGUGCCCAUCGCAUCCUGGCCUCCCACUGCACCUCCAGUGAGCCCGUGGAGUCCGUCCACGCCUUCCAGUGCCCCACCUGCCGGUAUGUCAUCACCCUCAACCAGAAGGGCCUCGAGGGACUGAAACGCAACGUCACCCUGCAGAACAUCAUCGACCGCUUCCAGAAGGCCUCCGUAAGUGGGCCCAAUUCCCCCAGCGAGACGCGACGUGAGCGCACCUUCGAGGACACCACCAUGACGUCGCCCGGUGAAACAGUGCAGUGCCAGUUCUGCGAGCAGGACCCACCGCAGGAUGCUGUCAAGACCUGCGUCACCUGCGAGGUGUCCUACUGCGAAGAGUGCCUGAAGGCUACGCAUCCCAACAAGAAGCCGUUCACCAGCCACCGGCUGAUCGAGCCCCUGCCCGACUCGCACCUGCGUGGCCUCCUGUGCCUCGAGCACGGGGAUGAGAAGGUGAACAUGUACUGUGUCACCGAUGAGCAGCUCAUCUGCGCCCUGUGCAAGCUGGUGGGGCGGCACCGCGACCACCAGGUGGCAGCACUCAGCGAGCGAUACGAGAAGCUGAAGCAAGCGCUGGACUCCAACCUCAGCAGUUUAAUCAAGAGGAACAAUGAACUUGAAAAUCUCAUGGGCAAGUUAAUCCAAACAUGCCAGAAUGUGGAGGUAAAUGCUUCAAGGCAGGAGAGCAAGCUGAUUGAAGAAUGUGAUGUUCUGAUUGACGUCAUUCAGCAGAGACGGCAAAUAAUUGGGGCAAAAAUCAAAGAAGGCAAGGUGGCAAGGCUGCGCAAACUGGCGCAGCAGAUCGCCGGCUGCAAGCAAUGCAUCGAGAGAUCCUCCUCACUCGUGGCUCAGGCAGACCAGACCCUCAAAGAGACUGACCACGCCCGCUUCCUGCAGACAGCCAGAAACAUCUCUGAGAGGGUAUCUGUGGCAAUGAUGUCGUCUCAGGGUCUGAUACCAGAAAUUAACCUGAAUGACACGUUUGAUACAUUUGCGUUGGACUUUUCCCGGGAGAAGAAGAUGCUGGAGUGUCUGGACUACCUUACUGCUCCGAAUCCUCCUGGAAUCCGGGAGGAGCUUUGCACUGCAUCAUAUGACACCAUCACAGUCCACUGGACGUCAGACGACGAGUUCAGCGUUGUCUCCUAUGAGCUUCAGUACACCAUUUUCACAGGACAGGCCAACAUCAUUAGCCUGUGCAGCUCUGCCGACAGCUGGAUGAUCGUGCCCAACAUCAAGCAGAAUCACUACACGGUGCACGGCCUGCAGAGCGGCACCAAGUACAUCUUCAUCGUCAAAGCCAUCAACCAGGCGGGCAGCCGCAGCAGUGAGCCGGGCACCCUGAAGACCAACAGUCAGCCCUUCAGAUUGGACCCUAAAUCGGCCCACAGAAAGCUGAGGGUUUCCCACGACAACCUGACAGUGGAGCGUGACGAGACGUCGUCCAAGAAGAGCCACGCGCAAGACCGCUUUUCCAGCCAAGGCAGCUAUGGGGUCUCCGGGAACGUGUACAUCGACAGCGGACGGCAUUACUGGGAGGCCCUGAUUGGUGGGAGCACAUGGUAUGCAGUGGGAAUCGCCUACAAAUCGGCUCCGAAGCACGAGUGGGUCGGCAAGAACUCGUCCUCCUGGGUCCUGUGCCGCUGUAAUAAUUCCUGGGUGGUGCGGCACAACGGGAAGGAGGUGGUGGUGGAGCCCUCGCCACACCUGCGCCGCGUGGGCGUGCUGCUGGACUACGAUGGCGGCUCACUGGCCUUCCACGAUGCCGUCAGCUCGCAGCUCCUCUACACCUUUGACAUUGCCUUUGCCCAGCCUGUCUGCCCUGUCUUUAACGUCUGGAACAAGUGCCUGACCGUGCUGAGUGGGCUGCCCAUCCCCGACCAUCUGGAGAACGUGGAUCUGGACAUUUAGGCGACACUCGGGGACAGGGGGAUUCCACGAGCGGUCAGGCCGUCUCGACUCAUCCGGUCAGAUUUGUAUUCCUGUGCUGUAUGAAUUUUAAACAGAAGCCAUGGUUUAAAGUAUUUUUACUUUAGCUUAUACUGGUAAAUAGCUAUAAAUUAUUUAUGAGGAAAAAACAGAUUAGAAAUACUGUACAUGUCUUCCUGCUUUGCACAUUCUUUACUGUGAUAUUUAUAUGUAGUGGACUUUGGGCUGAUGAAUGGUAUACAAUAUAGAGAUGAUUAUGUUUGUGCAAUCCUUUAGAUUUUACCUGAAGAGGUAACCAGCACUGUCACUGGGCUCACGUUCCUCCCAGAUAGCAAGAGAGGAGAUAAAAACGAAAUGACUCUGAUGUACAAGCCGGGAAGCAAAGUGAAAGGUCGGCUUCCUGUGGCGUGUGGAAUGGAGGUCUCCUCUUCUCAUCUCCUCUUCUCCUAGUUUGAGGAGGUGCAGUCCUCUCAUCUCCUCCUCUCCUGGUCUGAGGCGGUGCGAUCCUCUUACCACAGCGCCUCAAUCUCCUAUGCCAGCUUUUGUGUUGUGUUCACUGGGUGUGCUGUUGCCUUCUCUGUCUAACAUACAAAGAAAUAUACAUGCCUUUGCCUCUGGGGUUGUACUUCCUGGAUAUGUCUCAUGGAUGCUGAGAGACUUUCUACAAAUUGCUACAAAUCACAGCUAAAACAUGCUCCUAUGUAAUUUCCCUCCUCUGCUGCACAGACUAUGAAAACUUUGUUUUGCUUUUGUACAUUUGAUUUAAACCUUCCACCCUGUUUUUCCUUGAAACAGUGGCGGGACAAACAGAGACAUAUGCUAAAGAAAUACAUGGCUUUCUGACUGAUUACUAUAGUAAAUGCAGCUUUUUAGUGUACAGUUUCACCAAUAUUUGUGCAGUCUGUCUGUUGUCGUCAUUUUAGGAAGCCAUGGUGGACAGAACCACAGUACCGAGCCUCUGCUCUGCUUGUGCUACUUUGAUUUGUGUAAAACAUCAAAGUUAUGGAGGCCAAGGGGCUGUUCCUCUAGCCUCCGAUGGGACGUACAGUAACUGCAGAAAAACUUAUUUUGCAUUUGCGGUUCCUUUCCCUGUUUACGUUUGAUUUUUUAGGAAAAACUUGAAGUUUGGCUCACCUUAUUUUCACCGUCAUGUGGGCUAGGAGUUUCAGUAGAAAAAUAAUUGUAUUCACUGGACAUACCUUCACUGUGUGAAAAUGUGUAGGUUUCCCUGAAAAAGGAUUUACUUUGUCCUUUUUUACAUUCCACACUAGUGACAUGAUGACUUUAAAUCUUACGAAUGCAGCUAAAGAAUAAACAACUAAUUUGUCCACAUGCUUGGAUCACAUUGCAAGUAGGUUUUGUGAAAAUUAAAAUAAAAUGGUAUAUAAAACAC